AUGAGCAAAGUCUCAUUUCGUGCUCGACAGAUAGAUUUUAACAAGCCGUUACCUAUCCUGAAGCAUGGUUCCGAGUUAUUUCUUGAGAUUAGUGAAAAUGCACUGGUCAAUCGUGGCGUUCCACAGAUUCCCAGCGGGAUGGAAAAGGAAGAGGAAAAUGAACACCACUUUCUCGAAGUUAUCCAGGCUUUGCAACUCCGUGCUGACUCAGAUGUAAAAAUACCCGUACCUGAAAUAAUUGACAAAGAGAAUGAAUACAAAACAGUGUAUCCUGAUGGCUUUUGUCUCCCAAAACAGCUUCUACAUAUCAGGACAAUUGUGUUGUCUGAAGAGGAACCAGUGGAAUAUGAUAUGGAUAGUGAGGAUGAGGAGUGGUUCCAACGAAGUGAUUUGGGUAUCACUCCAGAGAAGUUUGAGUACAUGAUAGAUCGCCUUGAGCGUGGUUGUGGUCAGAAGGUAAUGAAUUUGGAGGAAGCAAAGUAUCUCCUUCAAGACCAUCCAUCACUAGUUAUUGCUGUAUACGAUUAUUGGCUUAACAAGCGUGUUCAAUCUAGACAACCUCUUCUUUAUGCUGUUCGACAAGAGCGCCGAGAUGGUGGUAGUAACACGGACCCAUAUGUGGCCUUCCGAAGGCGAAGUGAGAAGAUGCAAACCCGUAAAAACAGGAAAAGUGAUGAGCAGUCUUAUGAAAAGAUGCUAAUUUUGCGUGAACAGAUGGAUUCCUUGGGGGAGAUCCUCAGUCGACUCGUCAAACGUGAAGCCACGAAGGAAGCUAUAGUCAGUUGUGAUUACAGGUGCUUCCAGUUAAGGUGCAAGUUGUGCGAUUGGGAGGGCUCGGAUCUCCUGGAGGCUGAAAAUUUGGUACGAAAGUAUAACGACAGCGCAGAAAAUGUCCUGACACCAAAGCCCUUAAAGGACAAGAGACGUCCAAACCGCAAGCGGAAAUUGUCCAGAAGAUUUAGUAGUCUUCCAAAUCCUACAAGUUCUGAUGAUGUUUCUGACAAUGAAGAUAAUCAAAGUGAACCUUUCUCUUUUAUCCGGACUCCUGGUUGCCGAUAUCUGAAGCCAAGGCCUUUGGUGGAAGAGUGUUCCAUGUCACCCAACUCUCAUCCUUACUGUCCUCCCCAUUCCUGCUACACAUUGGCGACAAUUCCGUGGCUGUGCCAUACAAAGCAUCCUACGUAUACCGGCUACAUAAGGCGUCGCCUUGGUCGUGGCGGUCGAGUGAUCUGUGAUCGUGUCUCAGCUCCCACUAUGCUAUCUGCUUUCCUUGAAUCUUAUGAUGCCAAUCCACAGUCAACUGGUUUAACCAAUGCAGAUUAUGUAUCUUCGGAAUCCUGCUGGCGACAAUCACAAGCAAAAGAUGUCGCUUUGCUUGAUAGACUGAAGACUUCCAUUUUCAGCUCACAUAAUGGAGUUCCUACUUUUUCCUGGCCUACCUGUAAAAAUAUAACCCCUUCAGUAUCCUUCGAGCCUCUAUGUAGUGGGUCCGGAGGACCUAGACAUUCUCGUCUGUCUCUUCUAUUCUCAUCGAAAGCCGAUGCUCCAAAAACUUCGAGGAAGAAUAUAAAUAAUGUGACCAUUGAUGAGAUUGGUCUGGAUGUGGAACGUGAGUUGACUGGUGUUUCAAAUGAUAGUUUGUUGAUUCAGGAAAAACAUUCUCCUUUGCACUCCGUGAACGACCAACCGUCAAAGAAAUCAGUUAAUACAUCGUCAGUGGUCACGGUUUUAUCUUCCUGA